GGUUCUAGUGCAAGAAGGGAAGAUACAAAUACAGUGGUAGCUGGAUUGGGAUUGGUUAGCAAUCCUAUAGAUGGCGAAGAGUUGGGAUCCAUUUGGUGAUUCGUGGAGCUUUAGGAAUUUUGAUUGGAAUGUGGAGAAAUCCCAUUUUCCUGGAGGAGCCGAAUUGGAAGCCUAUAGCAGGGCAGUGUCUGAUGAUAUUUUUGAUCGUCUCCCUGUGGAUCCGUUUGGCAUGGACAUCAAGUCCAGAUUCAGUGCGGUGAAAGGAUGGAUUGGAGUUUUCGAGGCCGAUUUUGGUGAUGUUGGGAACGAUGAUGGCGAGAAGAAGUUCGUUGGCGAUGGAUUGUUUUCGGAGUUUGAUUGGUUUCUCAAUGAUGGUGUGAGGCUGCAGUCACGGUCUAACAUCAAUAUCGGUUCGAUCUCGAUUCAUGAUAACAUCUAUGAUCUAGGGAUUGAUUGUGAAUAUGGCGAUUUCGGUUCAAAAAUUGAUUUCGAGAAUGUGAUACUCUCCAGUAAAGGGAAAGAAUCAACAAGAAGGGAAGAGUGUGAUGCAAAUGCUUGCUCCGUGUCCAUAGAUGGUUGUUCUCCUCACAGUUUGGGGAUUGAUUCUGUAUUCAAUGCGAGCAGUGGAGUUGUCUUUGAUGAAGAGAAAGAGUGCGAAGAUAAAAAAGGUGGUGAGCCACCUGAUGGUUUCGAUUUAGUUCUGUCUUACCUAGGUGUGAGGGAGCUCCUUGUGGUUGAAAUGGUAUCCAAGUCUCUUCGUGAUGUUGUCCGAGAUAAUUCUCUAUGGAAAAACAUUUAUAUCGAUCAACCAUUAAGUGAGAAAAUAACCGAUGAUGUUCUUGGCAAGUUAGCUGGUAGGGCACAAGGCACUUUGCAAUCCUUGACACUGGUUGGAUGCACAAAAAUCAGUGAUACUGGAUUGAUGCGGGUUCUUGAAAGCAAUUUGAGUUUGCAAAAGUUAUCAGUCCCCAGGUGUCUAAGGCUAACCGUCGAUGGCAUUGUGGGAAUUUUGAGGGCCUUGAAGUUGGCAGGCACUCUAAAAUUGAAACACUUGAGAUUUGGUUGCUUCGUUGGUGUAACUGACCAUCAAUUUGAAGAGCUGAGUUCCAUUCUUGGUGCAGAGAUGCAGACAGAGCAGAUGAGCAACAAGAAGAAGCCUCAGUUCUAUCACGUGGGACAAUUUUAUCUCUCAUAUGAUGAUGAUCGUGCCUUUGACAUCGAAAGGUGCCCAAAAUGUCAGAAACUGAAGCUGAUUUAUGAUUGCCCUUUAGAGGGUUGUCAAGUGAGCGAUCAAGCUGCCAGCCAACUAUGUAGGGCUUGCACUCAGUGCAUUCCUCGAUGCAUUCACUGUGGGCAGUGUAUUCGGGAUAGGGAUUAUGAGGAAACCUUCACGUUGGACCAUCUUUGUUUGGUCUGCAGGAAGGAACUCCAGACUUGUGACGAGAAGCAUGAAAUGAAGAGUGUGUCUUCUUCAGGAAGCAUCAUCUUUGUGGACAAAUGA